UUCCCCUCUCUCUCUCUACUCUUCCUUGGUUAGUAUCUCCAUCUCCAUAUCUCUCUCUCUCUCGAUCGCCGAUCUUUGAUCAGAGGCUUUGACAGUCCAUUUCUGAUCGGUGAAUUUCGAUCGGAUCUCGGGGGGGUUUUGUAGGAGGUGAAUUUUUGUUUUUUUGCUGCGAAAAUGCCGGCGUUUUACGGAGGGAAGCUCACGACCUUCGAGGACGAUGAGAAGGAGAGCGAGUAUGGUUACGUUCGCAAGGUUUCAGGGCCCGUCGUUGUGGCUGAUGGUAUGGCAGGUGCUGCUAUGUAUGAGUUAGUCCGUGUUGGGCAUGAUAAUCUGAUUGGAGAAAUCAUCCGUCUUGAAGGAGAUUCCGCCACCAUCCAAGUUUACGAGGAAACAGCUGGACUGACUGUUAAUGAUCCUGUUCUUCGAACCCACAAGCCUCUUUCUGUGGAGCUUGGACCAGGAAUAUUGGGAAACAUCUUCGAUGGAAUUCAGAGGCCUUUGAAGACUAUUGCGAAAAGAUCUGGUGAUGUCUACAUCCCUCGUGGUGUGUCUGUUCCUGCUCUUGACAAAGAUUGUCCUUGGGAGUUCCAGCCCAAUGAUUUUGUCGAGGGAGACACAAUAACUGGUGGUGACUUGUAUGCUACCGUCUUUGAGAACACUUUGAUGACUCACCGUGUUGCCCUUCCUCCGGAUGCCAUGGGAAAGAUCACUUACAUUGCUCCAGCUGGUCAAUAUUCCCUUAAGGAUACAGUGCUCGAGCUUGAAUUCCAGGGGGUUAAGAAAUCGUACACCAUGCUUCAGAGCUGGCCUGUACGUACGCCUAGGCCAGUUGCAUCCAAACUUGCUGCCGAUACUCCUCUUCUUACGGGGCAGCGUGUCCUUGAUGCACUUUUCCCCUCUGUUCUCGGUGGAACCUGUGCCAUUCCUGGUGCUUUUGGCUGUGGGAAAACUGUUAUCAGUCAGGCCCUUUCCAAGUACUCCAACUCCGAUGCUGUUGUCUACGUUGGUUGUGGAGAGAGAGGAAAUGAAAUGGCUGAGGUGCUUAUGGACUUCCCACAAUUGACAAUGACGUUACCUGAUGGCCGUGAGGAAUCUGUCAUGAAACGUACUACACUGGUUGCCAACACCUCUAACAUGCCUGUGGCAGCUCGCGAAGCCUCAAUUUACACAGGAAUCACUAUCGCUGAAUAUUUUAGAGACAUGGGCUACAAUGUUAGUAUGAUGGCAGACUCAACUUCCCGUUGGGCAGAAGCAUUGAGAGAAAUUUCAGGGCGGCUGGCUGAAAUGCCUGCCGACAGUGGAUAUCCUGCCUAUCUUGCAGCACGUUUAGCAUCUUUCUAUGAACGUGCUGGUAAAGUAAAAUGUCUCGGUGGACCAGAGCGUGAUGGAAGUGUGACAAUUGUUGGUGCUGUUUCACCUCCUGGUGGAGACUUUUCAGAUCCUGUGACUUCUGCAACCCUUAGUAUUGUGCAGGUCUUUUGGGGUUUGGACAAAAAACUUGCCCAGAGAAAGCAUUUUCCUUCUGUUAAUUGGCUGAUUUCCUACUCAAAAUAUUCUACGGCAUUGGAAUCUUUCUAUGAGAAGUUCGAUCCAGAUUUCAUCAACAUCAGGACAAAGGCCAGAGAGGUGUUACAGAGGGAAGAUGAUCUUAAUGAAAUUGUCCAGCUUGUGGGAAAGGAUGCGCUAGCGGAAGGUGACAAAAUCACCUUGGAAACAGCUAAGCUGUUGAGGGAAGACUACCUUGCUCAAAACGCGUUCACACCAUAUGACAAGUUCUGCCCUUUCUACAAGUCUGUGUGGAUGAUGCGUAACAUUAUCCAUUUCUACAACCUAGCCAAUCAGGCGGUUGAAAGAGCAGCGGGAAUGGAUGGUCAAAAGAUUACUUACACUCUCAUCAAGCAUCGCUUGGGAGAUCUUUUCUACCGUUUAGUGUCUCAGAAAUUCGAAGAUCCAGCAGAAGGGGAGGCUGCGCUAGUGGCGAAAUUCAAGAAACUGUACGAGGAUCUCAGUGCUGGAUUCCGUGCCUUGGAGGAUGAAACUCGGUAAGCUGUCAAGAACCACAAAGUCCUCCGACUUGGGGGUUGUAUGGGAGAAAGAGUAUCUCGUGUUCUCUUGUGUUUUUGAGCCAACAACUAUCAUACAGUGGUCGGUAUUUAUUUAUCCGUGUUUGUUCGAUCGGUCGAGUUUAGCUCUGUGAACGUCCAUAUUAUUCUCCGGCUGUGCUGUGUAAUAUGUUUGAUUCGUUGUUUUGGUUUUAUGUUUGAUGGUAAUAAGGUACAAGCCAAAAUGAGGCAUCUAUUUGAUUUGUUUGUACCUCUCUCUAUUCAAUAAGUUAUUGUUAUUGCUACUUGCUCAUAA